CUGACUCUUUCUGCGCCGGCUGGAAGUGCGCAUCGCAGACUGCGGCGGGGGAGGUGGGCGGCGGCCCCGCUGCCUCCCGCGCCUCGCUGUAGGCCUCUGCGGUCAGCCCCCCAACCCCCCCGGGGUGGGAAGAGUCUCGCUUUCUGGAUCUCUCGUUUACUGCAUUGGCUCCUGCGUUAAGGUGCCCUUGUGCUGCGGCCAGUGAGGCUGCGAUUGUUCCAUCGCCCCGGUGGGGGGAGAGCAGCCUCUGCUCUCUGCGGCCCUGGCGGGAGGCUGCGGGCGGACGCUCGUGGCGGCGUCUCCGCGCGUCCUUCCUCCUCCUCGUUUUCCCUCCCACCUCUUCCGCAUCCCCCGCCCCCUCCCUGCUUUGCGCCUUCUCCCCGGCUGCGGGCAGACGGCUCCGCACAGCCGCCGCGCCGGAGUCCGGACAGCCUGCGGGAGGCACACACGCCCACACCCACUCCGCCCGGCCGCAUCCCUGCCCAGCAUGUCGGCGCUCGAGUGGUACGCCCACAAGUCCCUGGGCGACGGCAUCUUCUGGAUUCAGGAACGGUUCUAUGAGUCCGGCAACCGCGCCAACAUCUGGCUGGUGCGCGGCUCCGAGCAGGAUGUGGUGAUCGACACAGGCCUGGGGCUGCGCAGCCUCCCGGAGUACCUGUACUCCUCCGGCCUGUUGCAGGACCGCGGGGCCAAAGAGGAUGCGGCGUGCCGGCCACUGCUGGCUGUGGCCACCCACGUGCACUUUGACCACUCCGGCGGCCUCUACCAGUUCGACCGGGUGGCGGUGCACCACGCCGAGGCCGAGGCGCUGGCUCGCGGGGACAACUUUGAAACCGUGACCUGGCUCUCCGACAGUGAGGUGGUGCGGGCGCCGAGCCCGGGCUGGAGGGCCAGGCAGUUCCGAGUGCAGGCGGUGCAGCCCACCCUCAUCCUGCAGGAUGGGGAUGUGAUCAACCUUGGUGACAGACAGCUCACUGUUAUGCACAUGCCUGGUCAUUCUAGGGGCAGUAUUUGCUUACAUGACAAAGACCGAAAGAUUCUCUUCAGUGGAGACGUCGUGUAUGAUGGAUCACUGAUUGACUGGCUCCCAUACAGCAGGAUUAGUGACUAUGUUGGAACCUGUGAACGUCUGAUAGAAUUAGUGGACAGAGGUCUGGUAGAGAAGGUGCUUCCUGGGCACUUCAAUACCUUUGGUGCUGAAAGGCUUUUUCGAUUGGCUUCUAACUAUAUUUCAAAAGCUGGGAUAUGUCACAAAGUUUCCACUUUUGCCAUGCGAUCUCUUGCAAGUUUAGCGCUCCGUGUAACAAAUUCUAGGACCUCACCCUAGUAUUUAAUUCUAUAAAUUAAUCCAGUUCAUUUUGUGUUGUUUAAAAUAGUGAGCAUUUUAAGUAGUGCUUUUUUACUACUGUUAUAUAUUAGAGAAAAAAAGGUUGAGAAUGAAUAAGCCAAAAAAGGAACUUCUUAGUUAAAAAAAUUUUUUUCCAAAUAAGAAACCACUUAAAUAAGCUUAUAAUUUGCCAAAGCUUGUAAUUUGCCAUCAUCCUGUAAUAUUUGGUCUAGAAAUGAUACAGAGUAUAUGGGGAAGCAAGGAGGCAUUUUGCAGUAAGAGAAAGAACUAUCCUUGCAUCUCAUUUCUCUCAUUUUAUUUCCUAGAUGACCUAGAAAGAAGGGCAUAAAGAGUUUUAUGUUUAUACUCCAAACUUGAUAUUUUUAGUAUAUUAUUUAAAGAUAAAGGUUCUUGGGUUUAAAAUCUAUUAGAACUCAAAUCAAACAUAUAAGCUAACAUUUAGAAUGACAGCUGAAAAAAUCCAUUGUUAUGGUACAGAAUUUUUAUGCUUCAUUUUAUUUAUUCUUAAUGUAAUUAUAGUGUACAUUAUGUGUUGUGUAAUUUUACGUACAAAAAGUACAAUGAAUUUUGUUUUAUUGCAGAGCUUUAAAUAUAAAUUGCAGAGUGCUUCAGUAAAAAAGCUACUAUAUAUUGUUGUUUGUUAUUAUGUAAGUGUACCUUCAGUCGUAAAAGUGAAAUUCAAAUGUCUGUAAUCUAACUAUAAAUUGUCAGAUUUUUCAAAAGGACACUGUCAGGCAAAUUUGAAAAUAUAACACAUUGAGACUAAUUUUUAAAUUAUAUCCUAUUUUAAUAAUAACAGCUAUUAUAAUCAAAUUUUUUCUUGUUAAAUAGCAGCUUCAGUAUAUGUGUCAUAUUUUAUAGUACCAAAUAACAUCCUAAUAUAAACCAUUCUUUUACUUAAUAUAACAUACAUAUGUACCACAGAGGCUUUUCAAAUUAAUGCAAAAUGUGCAUUACAUGUUGACUUAGAGUAAAUUGCCUUUUUUAUCCUGAUUCACAACACCUAUUCCUGUUCAGUAUUCUUUGUCUUGAAUGAAAAGAAGUCUACAUUUAUAACGUUAUAGGAAAGGUUAUCCCACUGUUUAGUAAAAUGUUUUGGUUUGGUGCUCUUAAUAAUUUAUUGAAAAGCCUUUUGGAAUAUUUCAUGAAAGUUUUUUAAACAAUUUUUUCACUGCCUUUUUAUUAUUGACAUAUCCAAAAUCAAACUCAGAUGGCUUUGGAAAUCAGAUUUUUAGUGUUAGGAAGGUCCAGCAAUUUGGAUUUCUGAAAAAUUAUGAAACUUUUCCUACCCUACACCCCACUCAGGUUCUUUAGUCUUUUAUUCAUUCAACACACACUCACAUACACACACACCACCCAACACAUGCAUACACACAGUCACAUACAUACAUGCAUUCAUUGUGCUAAACACUGUGGAAGCUUGAAAAGUCAAAGAGACUAUAUCCUAGCUGGAAGUAGAAGACAGACAAAACAUGAAUAAUAGUAUAUGCAGGUUGAAGUUAAUACAAAUUACACAUGAGUGUCAGGGACAUAAAUGGAGGGGGGUGGAGUUUGACUAGGGAAGGGUUCCUGGAGGAGGAGUUUUUGAGUCAGAUCUGGAAGGAUGAUUUGUUAGGUGGUGAGGGUAGAAAAUAAGAAUCAGAUUGUUCUGCAUCCUCAGUGCUAAGAACAGGGAUGGAAGUAUUGCUGUCUAGAGUAGGCUAUUCCUUGUGUCACCUUAAUUUUCAGGUGUCUUAGGUCUUUUAAACAACAAGCAUUUAGCAUGAGAAAGAUGGGUCUGUGAUUGUGUGUAUAAGAAUCAUCCUUAAGACAGACAAGCUGUACUGCCACAUACCACCAAAUGAACCCUUACUUAAAAUCAGUAGGGAGGCCAUGGUUGUUGAAAUGAAGAGUGUCAUGGAAAUUUCUCUGUGAUAGUCAUUCAAGGCAGUAGGUCUGUUUUAAUUGAUAGUGCAACAUCAAGAAUAUAGAUUUGGUUCAGGGCAACUACAAGCUAUCACUUAAUGAGCCUUAAAUAUAGCCAUUAUUUUUAUAUCAAUAGCACAAAAGAAAACCAAAAGUCCUUAACCAUUGACCAUUUUAUCAUAUUUUAGGACUUUUUUUAAAAAUCAGGGUAUAGUAGGCACUAAGUUUUAUUGAAAAAUAUUUAAACCUGAUGAAGGCUUUCCUUAUUUCUUAAAAGUGUGAUUUUUCAAAACACAUUGAUUUUAUUUUUAAAUUUCCCAAUUUUUUUUCCUAGUUUUUCAUAUUGUACCAAAACAUAAGACUAUGAUAUUUUGCUGUUGCUUCAAUAUGAAUAAAUUUGGGAAAGGAUGUAUCAUUCAUUUAGUGCUCAUGCUAUGCAUUUUAAAAUAGGCUUUAUUUAAUUUAAUCCUGACCCCAGUGCCAAGAAGUAAUUGACCAGCCUAAGAAUACAACUUUGGACAAAGCUGGUAACUGAACACAGGUCUGUCUGCCUCCCAAACUGUGCUCUUUCUCUUAUACCUGCACAAUAACAUAAAAUUGGCAAAGUGUAUUUUUACUUUUCAAAAUGCCACAUGUGCCAAGAAUAAAUCAAGUGAUAUUAAAGCAUAAUAGCAUAUUUUAAAAAAAGUAUUAAAAAUAUAUAUUUUCACCCUGACAGUGACCCUUGUUGUAAUUUAUGGUUUGGGGAAAUAAUAUUAUGUAAGUAUAAUUCAAAGUUGUCAAAAUAUAAGACAUUUAGAAAUAAUUUUUAUUAUUUAUUUUGUUAAUAACUUAAUUUUUGGAAAUUCAGUUUCCUUAUUUGGUGUUUCCUUUUAACUGAGAAGUCUUAAAACAAACAAAACCUUGUGUGUUAGCCUGGUAUAAUUGAUUAAAUGAUUAUGUGUAGUUGUUCUUAUAUGGGUAGUAAUAUGAAUGUGACAUGCACAAAUUGUCCUCUUAUAAUUUUCAGAUAACUGUAAGUAAACAUUUGUGUGAUAAC